GGGCGGGGCGGGCCGGGCCGGGCCCGCGGCGGCGGCGGCGAUGAAGCGCGAUCGGCGCGGCCGGUUCCUGGCGGCCGCGGGCGGCCCCGGCGCGGCGGCCCCCGAGCCCCGACGGCGGCCCGGCACGGCAGCCCGCGGCACCGAGGCGGCGGAGGAGCCCCCCGAACCCCCCGCCGGGUGGGCCCCGGCGGCCGCCGCCUGGACACGGCCCAGCGCCCUCGGCGAGGCCCCGGAGGCAGGAAUCGGCAGAGCCCUGAGCACCGGGUACUGUCGCCUCUGCCACGGGAAGUUCUCAUCCAGGAGCCUGCGCAAUGCGUUCGGGAAGGUGCCGGUGAUGGGGGAGAACUCGGAGAAGCAGCGCCGCGUGGACCAGGUCUUCUUCAGCGACUUCCAGCGGCUGGUUGGCGUGGCGGUGCGGCAGGACCCCGCACUUCCCCAGUUCGUCUGCAAGAAAUGCCACGCGCAGUUCUACAAAUGUCGCAGCGUACUCAGGACGUUUAUCCAGAGGGUGAACGCAUCUCCCACGGGCCACAUGAAGUCGAAAGGAAAAAGUAGCACGGGCCAGGCCCAGCCAGGCGCGGAAGGAGGUGCCUCCUGUCUGGUGGACCUGAUCACAUCCAGCCCGCAGUGCCUGCACAGCCUGGUGUCGUGGGCGCACACGCAUGCUGGGAGCUGCCCUGCGGUGCCCAGCCUGCGCAGCGUCCUCUCCUCCGAGUACUGCGGCAUCAUCCGCGCCGUCUGGGGCUGCGGCGACGGCCAUGACUACGUCAUGGAUACAGAUUCGGACUGUAGCACGGUGCUCAUCGACAACGCCUUGUCCGUCAAACGGGAGUGGAACAAGAGCGCGGCGCAGCGCUUGACUGACAACGGGGCAGACAAUGCUGAGGCUGUUUCUACUCCCAAAGCCCAGCACGCUCCAGUAAGGACAACCCCUUGCCAGCAGCCUGCAAACAAAGGGACCACAUCGGAACCGCUGAAUGUGGAGAACGAGCUACCACAGAACAGGGAUUCAUCUCACUCGCAACUGGACGGCGCGGCCUCCGUACAGGAGCAAGCCCUGCCGCAGCCCAUGUCACCGCUGAGCGGUGCCACAGGACAGUUGAGUGGGAAGCAGGUUCUGGCUGCAACGUCGGAUGAGCGGGUAAAAGACGAGUUCAGUGACCUUUCUGAGGGGGACUUCUUGAGCGAUGAUGAAAAUGAGAAGCGGAACAUGGCAUCUUCAGACGACUCCUUCGAGCCGUACCCUGAAAAGAAGGUUUCUAGCAAGAAAAGUGAUAGCAAAGAAGCCAAGAAGGCAGAAGAGCCCAAAAUAAGGAAGAAGCCGGGGCCUAAGCCGGGCUGGAAAAAAAAAAUCAAAUGUGAAAGGGAGGAGCUGCCCACCAUCUACAAGUGUCCUUACCAGGGCUGCACUGCGGUCUACAGAGGGGCAGACGGCAUGAAGAAACACAUCAAAGAGCAUCAUGAAGAGGUGCGGGAGAGGCCCUGUCCUCACCCUGGCUGCAACAAGGUGUUCAUGAUCGACCGGUACCUGCAGCGUCACGUGAAACUCAUCCAUACAGAGGUACGCAAUUAUAUCUGUGAUGAAUGUGGACAGACCUUCAAGCAACGCAAACACCUCUCAGUCCAUCAGAUGCGGCACUCAGGAGCAAAGCCCCUCCAGAGUGGAGGCCACAGCUGCGGCUCCAGGAUCGGCAUUUCCUUGCAGGUGCGAGAUCUGCGGUUUCCAGUGCCGGCAGCGCGCAUCGCUCAAGUACCACAUGACCAAACACAAAGCGGAGACGGAGCUGGAGUUCGCCUGCGACCAGUGCGGGAAGCGCUUUGAGAAGGCACAUAACCUGAACGUCCACAUGUCCAUGGUGCAUCCUCUGACCCAGACUCAGGACAAGGCCAAGUCCCUGGAGCCAGAGCCCCUUCUCCUCAGCACGUCAGGGACUUCAGAGAGCCAGGCAAUAAAGCCAGAAGUGACUGUGCAGCAGGAGCCCACCUGAGGGGUACAGGGACGCUUUCCCUGUCCAGUCCCAUAGAAACUUUAUGGCAGAGUGGAGAUUUUUAAUCUACGUUUUAGUCUCCCAAAGAACUCGGUGGAAUUAGCUUCAGCUUGCUCAGAAAAAGCUUGUUAUCAUGCUGUGGUUCUCCAUGCUCACGUCCAAUUCAGCAGUGUUGUACUAAGAGUCUCUUGCCCCUGGGGAGGGGAUGGUGGCAGCACCCCUUGGUGUCCCCUUCUCCCCACGCACACAGUUGUAAAACCAGAACUGGCCAAAACUGUUCCUGCCUGCGCAAGCUGCUGCCUGUACAGAAGUGCCCUGUGGUGGCUGUUAGGGUACAGGAGCAGCAGAGUGACUAAAAGCAGCUGUUUUGUUUUGAAAAAAAAAAAAAAAAAUUAUGAUUCCCAAAGCAAGUCUAAACUGAAAUUUGUAACCUACUUUUUAUUGUAACAAAAGCUUCAUGGUUAUGCUUGUAAUAAAUUAUUUACAAAGUUAA